AUGCGUUAUGUGGAGAGUAGAAGCGGAUACCUUCUUUUGGAUCAUGCAUAUAAAGCCAAAUGUAUGGCUCAGGACUCAAGGCCCCCUCAGGUCAUGGCUACACCAAGGGUAACAAAGAGGGCAUAUACUAUACGUAAGACUCCCCAAGCAUGCAUAAGUUGCCGAAGAAGAAAAGUCAAAUGUAACGGCUGCAGACCGUGUUCUAGUUGUAAAACUAAUGGGCUUGAGUGCGCGUACGACACGCCAUCUCUAGAGCAGGUUAAUAUCAAAGGCAAGCCUCACAUAGAUACAAGCGAGGCUCUCAGGUUGAUCAGCAACCUACAUUCGACUCUCAGGAACUUGUCCUCCCUCGCACAAGAUGAUCCUGGUAGUAUGUCUAGUACUGUCACUGACAUAUCGAUGAGGGUCCACGAUCUGGAAAGCAGGCUCCAUAUGCAGCUUAAUCCAUAUAAAGCUGCAAACUGCCGAGGAGAGAAAAGCUUGGAAUAUAAGCUGGCUUCGUUCGGGCCCGCGAAGGUGGGUUAUGAAGAAAACCCAAACUCUCCGGUCGAGCCCGCUUUGUCUCUAGGCCGUUUCCACGGCCUUUACUCGCCUCUAUCAAUGCUGUCCCUUGAUAAUCUCGAAAAGAUAUUUGAAAAAGUUCAUGAAGAACUAAGUCCUGCGAAAGUGCAGGAAGCUUUUUUCUUGCUCGGAAGAUACUUUGAUUUGGCUACUGUUGGUUACCAGCAAACUUUGGCACUUCAUAGAUCACCGAUAAGAACGUGUGCCCAGCAUUUCGGGUUGAAAGGCUCCUCAUCUUCUGAAGCUAUCUACGACAAACUUCUUGAACUUAUCCCGCUUGAAUUACGCCAAGCCCACUUACAAAGCGAGAAACAAAAAGACGCUGGCUCAAGAUGGCGCUUUGUUGCUCUUUCUGAAUUAUUCCAAGAUCAUUGUCGCAACGGAAAGAGUCUUGAUGUGUCGUCUGCAACUACUGCCGAGCUAUGGCGCUUUUUCGAAGUGUACAGCGUGAUCUCAAUUCUGAGUACCGAACAGCUUCAAAAAGAUUGGUUCUCAGAGUUUUUUAGCAUGGAGCAUUUUGAAUGUUUGUUGAACUACAUAGAAUGCCGUGUUUCGUUUGAUCAAACCUUGAUUCUAGGGAGAGUUGUUUGCUUCUUGGUUCGAUUUGCCAUAGAUAAUGGCCUUAAUCGGUGGGAAUUCUACCAUAAUCUUAAAGAAUCAGAGGCAGACCAUCAUAGAAAGCUCUGGUGGAAAUGUUAUUGGUGGGAUAAGUUUUAUGCCGUUAGUCAUGGUAAAUUGCCUUUGCUAAGAGACGAGGAAUCUGUUUGUUUGUUUCCUCGUUGCGUUAUGGCACUGGGCGUCGAGGAUUCUAUGAGUUGCGAAACACUCAUUGAAAGAGUCUCUCUGAAAGGGGCAAGUUCCGACGCAGCAUCACUUUUUGGAUAUAUUUUUAUGGGGAAAAUGAUAGAAAGAGCCUCCAGAAAUCUACUUUUUGCGCGAAAGUAUACAACCUACCAAAUGUCAGGUUCAAAGUUUGGAAGUAGCGCAACAGAAGUCGUUAAUUCUUUGAAAUCUGAUUACCAAGACACUAUUGCAUUAAUUACCAGCUUUAGACGUCUUUUUUCCGAUUCUGAGCCCUCUGAUGUACCGAAACCUUCAUCAAAAUGGACCGUUAUCAUUGAAUACUGUUAUUUGUGCUUGCUCCUUGCAUUUGAGAAGCUUAUCCUUAGAUUAAGCAAAACAACAAACAGUGCUAGAGAUCUCGCAUCAUCUAUUGAGGACUGUCAAACGCGAUAUAUCGAAUGUGCCAGGGCUAACCUGCUACGCGGCACGCGAGUGGGUUCGGCGCCAGUAUUUUGCGCACUUAUGAUACCAAAUUACACUUCAUUUCUUGUCGUUUCAGAUUGCUAUAUCAAUCAUCGCGGGGAGAAUUCUGACUUUGACAUAUCUGUCUUGUGUUUCUUUGCAUCACUUUUGAUGAGGAUUGGCGGUGGCGAGGGUCUUGAUCAACAGCAUCUGCGCCAAUUUCUUCAACCGCGCAUUCAGGCUGGUCAAGCAAUAUCUCUCGUUAUUUGCAGAAUCUGCCUACAACUCUAUUUAAAAAGGUCGCAACAUCUGUUUGGUAAUGAGCUUCCGACUGAAGUGAAGGAACUUGAUCAAAAGCUGAAUGAAUUUUGCUCUAAGACGCUUGAUAGCAAUUCUGACCUUUGGCGCUUGUUUGAAACCAAGUCCAAGAAGAAAUCGUUGUACCACGAAACAUUCACUACGUUUAUGAAGAAAAAGGGUUGGUCAAUUGAUAAGCAUGAUAUUCCGGCUGAAAGUAAAGAUACACCAGAGCACAGUAGUGCGACUGAAUUUACUACAGUACUGUCAAGUAUGUUUAAUGAAGACAUAUGGGGAUUUCAGUUUGAUGAGCAAGACUUGAUGCCAUUUUUGUAUCACGACACAAACUAG